UGACUUCGACACAGUUCCAAAGAUUACAAAUUUCAAAGUCCAAUCCACUCCACUUCAUUUCUGUGCUCACUUGUUCAAUUAACACAUUGAAACAUGGACGUCGAUAAUUUCCUUAAGAACAUUGGUCAAUUUGGACCAUUCCAGAUCCGAAUUUUGGCCUUUUUUUUGUUUAUAUUUUUCCCUGUUACCUAUCAAACGCUCAUUAUGGUUUUCAUGGCUUACGAGCCUCCCUGGAUGUGCACUGAAAACAGCACGGCUUGUCUGCUACCAAACGCAACCGGCCAAGAAAUCUUCAGUACGGCAACGAAACCAAUCGAGCUUUACAGGAGGAGGUGUUCUUUGAACCGUACAGAGUGGAAAUUUGCAGACACUAAUCUCUACGAAGGACCUCACMGAACAAUUGUUACAGAUUUUGAUUUAGUGUGUGAUCGUAGCAUCUACGCGUGGUUAGCUAAUUCGAUAUUCUACAUUGGUUGGGCCAUUGGUGCUCUUGUACUUGGGAUGAUUUCAGACAAAUAUGGCCGACGAAGUGUUCUUUUCCCGUCUUUAACAUGUGUGAUCAUCACAGCGUUUGCCAUGUCUUUCUCCGAAGCUAUCUGGCUGGUUAUAUUAUUUAGGAUCUUGAUUGGUUUCUUCGAAGGAGGAUGCAUAUUAACCAUGUUCGUUCUAGCAUGUGAGUUAGUUGGUCCUGCUAAACGAGCGUUGUCUAGCACUAUGGUAUGGUUCUAUUUCUCACUGGUACUGAUGGUGAUGGGCCUCGAGGCUUAUUUCAUUCGUGACUGGCAGACGAUGUGUAUCAUCAUUUCAGCUCCAUUUAUUUUUACAGUUCUCUUUUACAAGUUUGUUCCCGAGUCUGUUCGUUGGCUUCUCGUUCAUGGUAAAAAGGAACAAGCUCUAAAUAUUCUUACAAAUGUGGCUAAAGUUAAUAAGAAAGAAAUGCCAACAGACGACCUUGCGGUCCCAGCAUCUCAUGACUCUAAAGGUUUCUUGGAGCUUUUUCGCGGCAGAAAAAUGGCAUUGAUGACUCUUGUACAGUGCUAUGCGUGGUUUAUAAAUGGUAUGGUAUAUUAUGGUGUAUCGUUAAGUUCUGGUGAAUUAGGAGGGAGUAUUUACUUGAACUUUGUGGUGACAAGUCUUGUAGGGAUUCCAGGAAAUUACCUGGUCAUCGACAACUCAAAUCGGUUUGGUCGAAAGAAGACAGUGAUUGGUCACUUUAUAGCUGGCGCCAUUUGUUGCAUUGCUGUGUCUUUUAUACCUUCAGGAACGGACAAUACAGGAUUUAUAGUUGGUCGAGUGACGUUGGGUUCUCUUGGCAAGCUGUUCAUCAUUGUUUCCUUCAAUACUAUAUAUAUCUGGUCCGCAGAAAUCUUUCCAACUGUUGUCAGGAACACAGGCAUGGGUUUGCUGAUCAUAACUAGCCGUAUAGGAGCUGCAGCGUCGCCGUUUGUGGUCCAAAUGUCUCGUAUCAGUGCUAUUCUACCCUUUACUUUAAUGGGAGCUGGCGCAUUCCUCGCUGCUUUUAGUUGUAUAAUUUUACCAGAAAUAAGAGGAAUGCCAACCCGUGAAGUUGUCGGCGACGAAGGUGAUUUUAUAGAUUGUAAAUACACGAAAAGCAGCUUUACUAACCUUGUCGAUUCCCGGUGUAAAAAAAUAUGUAUUUUUUAUCUCAAAGUAGGCUUCUUUAUGCAUUUUUAGUAAUAUCAGAGUUAGUAGACUGUUCCCCUUUACUAACUAACUCUGGUAAAAAAAAUCAUUGACAUCAAAUUUACAGAAUUUUGGACACUUACAUCAUAUUUACAUC